AUGGUUGAUUCUGGUUCUCUCAAUCAUCAUGACCAAGAAGAAAAUCAGUCUGGCAGUGGCCAGCAGAUCGACGGUCACUUACAGGACGCUCUCACGAAAGAAGACUACUUUGACAAACUAUAUGCCUUGAAUGACGAUUCGGAAGAGGAGGAAAUCUCAACAGGCAUAAGGGACUUUAUCCAGAAGUGUACCAAAUCAGUAAUGACUACCUCUGAACCUCCACUAUCAUUGCCAACGGAAGAACGAAGAAUUCCACCAGAGUUUCCGACAAAGAAAGUACCUGGGAUCCAUCGGACACGAUCUGCUCCAGCUUCUGGUACUAGUGUGGUAAAAGAAACACCAUUGCCACGAAAGCAUUCAUUACUGCGGUACGACAUUUCUACCCCUCCAUCAGCAAAUACUUCUUUCGAAAGUAAGCAGCCAACUCAGAACCCUGUUUUUCAAGAACGGCCAGCGGGUGCAGGGAGCGAAAGAAGAACUGUAUCAGAUCCUCUGUUCUUAAAAAAUAGCGAAGGAAUCGACAACAUGCUUCGAAAGAACCAGAAACGAAAGCGUGAGUCAGAAAUCAAACUCGUUCCAGAAAAGAAUCGAAUUUUCAACAAACUCACUUUCUUCUAUAUGCCCAAUAACGAUAUAGCCAAGAUUCGAAAAGUUCGAAUACAAAAGGCACAAACCUAUGGGGCUCAAUGGGCACAAGUUUAUGGCAACCACAUUACCCACAUGAUCGUUGACAAGGGGAUCACGUACCAAAGUUUGAUGGAUCAUUUGAAAGCAAAAUAUGACGAAGAUAAACUUCCAGAUCGGUUGAUUUUGGUCAAUGAGAAUUACCCGGUUGAUUGUAUUCACUUUCGUACUCUCUUGAAUCCAAAUCAAAAGCAGUAUGAACUCCAAGGAAUGAAUACCACUUCUCAGAGCCAGGCACCAGUUGUGGGACCAGGGAGAAACGAUGGAAAGCAAGAAAAACAACGGGAGCAUACACCACCCAGGGACGAGUACAGCGACGAAGAAGAGUCCCACCCGGGCGUUGCUUCAGGCGCCUCUGGGAAUCCCAACGAAGACCGCACAGAUUCUUCACCUCCUCGAGAGGUCCCGAAGAACCUUGAAACCAACGAUGAAUUCGAUAAAAUUAUCGAGGUGGCUCACAACACCAGAUUUCUGCCUCUCGACGACUCCGAUUCCGAUACUCAUACAACUCGCGACAAUGCCUCGGAAGAUGACGCCGAUUCAGAGAGAGACCGUUCCCCAAUCCGCAAACCUGUCAAAAGGCAACUUAGAAGCGGCUCCAAACCAACAUUCAACCAAGCAAAUUUUGCUUGUAUGAAAGCAGGAACAGACUCCGAGUCAGGCCCCAAUCCCAACGACGCUACCAUCAAAGCCUUCCAAGAACUCGCCGCCUUCUAUGAACGCACCAAGCAAAGUUGGCGGAACAUGGCUUAUCGAAAAGGCGUGAGUGCACUCCGUCGGCAGACUAGGCGUAUAAAAAGCUACGAUGAAGCCAUUCAGAUUCCCGGCAUUGGAGAUUCCCUCGCCACUAAAGUAGUCGAGAUGUACCGACGCGGAAAACUCGAAAAACUGGAAUACGCACGUUUGGAACCUCGUGAUCUGAUUCUCCAAAAGUUCACAAAAAUCUAUGGCGUGGGUAUCAAUAUAGCUGAGAAAUGGUAUGAUGCAGGCCAUAGAUCCCUCGCUGACCUCGUCGCAAAUGUCAAAUUGACUGAGAAUCAACAAAUCGGCAUAGACCAUUAUGACGAUUUCAACACCCGUAUUCCACGUGCAGAAAUGGACUCGCUAGCAUCAAUCGUCAAAGACGCUGCCUCGGAACUGGACCCAGAAAUCGAGGUGACAGUUGGAGGCUCGUAUCGUCGAGGAGCUCUCACAUCAGGAGACAUAGACUUCAUGAUCACCAAGCCCAACACAACGCAUACCUCGCAACUCCUGCUUUUCCUCAAAGAGUUAGUCGAGCACCUUAUCGAAAUCGGGUUUCUCGUCGCUGCCCUCGCAGUCCCUUCUGGUAGACGCGAUGAUUCGGGCUCGAAAUGGCAUGGUGCCUGUGUCCAUCCCGUGACGGCCGAAAUUCCAACCCCUAUAUGGCGAAGAAUCGAUCUUCUCCUGGUUCCGGCUAGCGAAUGGGGUGCAGCACUUAUAUAUUUCACUGGAGAUGACAUUUUCAAUCGAAGUCUGAGGUUGAAGGCUAGUACCAUGUCGAUGCGUCUCAAUCAACGAGGACUUUAUAAGGAUGUCAUGCGGGGACCAGGCCGUGUGAAGGUUACAGAGGGAUCAUUAGUGGAGGGAAGGGAUGAGAGGAAGAUUUUCGAGGCGUUAGGUGUUGCUUGGAGAACUCCCGAGCAGAGAAUAGUUGGUUAA